AUGAAAGUUCUUGGCUUUCAGCCACCAGGUCGCAUGCGAGGUAGGGUCCAUCCUCUACGCACAACUGAAUUUGAUCCACAACACCAACGUUUAAUAAAUUGUCCAUUGUGUGAUAAAAUACACACUGAAGUCUCAUGCCCUUUUUUUUUUUUAUAGUUCUGUUGAGAACCGUUGCGAAAUUGUAAAAGAUAAAAGGGUAUGUUUUGGUUGUUUGAAACCUGGCGACCAACGGCGUCUGUGCACAAAGUCAUCCAGAUGUGGGGUAGACUCAUGUGAUAAAAGCCAUAAUUUUUAUUGCACAGUUCAAAGCUUAAGCAGGAGAAACCAUUUGAUUACCCACCUAAGACCCCAGAGGGAAAAAAAUGCAUUGUUGUAAAGCACAAAUCAGCCCUGAAAACUGUAUCUAUCCCAUUUAUAGAUGAUUCUCGAAGGGUAACCAAUGGUUUGGUACUUUUAUACUUAGGAAGUCUGACCACACUUGUAAGAGCAUGGUUUGAAAAUCAGUUAGGAAUAAAAGGGCCUAAGUAAAGUCUUACUGUGGAUGCAGCAGGGGGGGGGGGGUGGUACGCACCGUAGUGAAAUCACAACGUGUACAUUUACCAUUUGCACCACACAUUACAAAGGCAAAAAUAACAGGGUGGACCAUUAAUAAUAUUUGUGCCCCUGUCCCAGAUGUUAAUUGGCCUUAGAUUAAGCAUACUUAUGCCCACUUAAAUAAUGUCCCGAUAGAGCCAAUAAGUGAGGGCACUGUUGAUGUCCUGUUAGACGCGGGGGCAUCUAGAGUCAUAUGCAGAGUUGACACCCUUAGGUUGGGUAAUUCCCGGCCCAGUCCCCGUCUCCAAUGGUCAGGAGAAGAGUGUCCUGUGUGUCCACGUGUCGGACGGCGAAGGCGAUGCUAAUCGAAAGUUACGAAAGUUCUGGGAUGUGGACAGUUUCGGUGUUCGGGUAGAGAUUAAGUCACCUUACACGCCUGGUGUGCAGAAAGCCUUGGACAUUCUUGAUGAAUCAUGCAAGCAGCAGGAGUUUGGUUAUCAACUCGGACUUCUUUGGACAACGAACCUAGUUUACCUAAUAAUUAUGACACUGCCCUGA